UUAGUUUGGUGGUGUUAGACUUUCGAUUUCCCAUGCAUAACUUAGCACAAAGAUUGAUGAAGAAAAGCAAUUCAAGGAGCCAAAAGGCAAAGUUCAACAAGUUGGUUUUGUCUUUUAUUGUUGGCUUUUGCACUACAAAUCACAAAGAAAGACUUUUUUUAGUGCGCUAUAGUCAUGUUUUGCCAUUACAAGGAAAUUGACCUUUGAAUAACACACACAUAGAGAGAGCUGACCCAUUCAUAGCUAUCGCCGGCCCCUAAACCUUCUAAUACGCCGUAAAUUUACUCUUUCUUUAUAGGAAAUUUACCAAUUGAAAAGUAAAUUAAAACGUUUCCAAAGGUUUUGAAUAGUAGAGACUCAAAAAGAGACCAACUUUGAAUAUACCAUUAUCUCUUCUUUUUGAGCUUUCUUUUACCAGUAAAAGACAAAGACUCACCAAAUCCCACAACGAGUUCAUUAGUGUAUUUAUAGUAAGUGAUUAACAUGAAACUGCAUAUACCGCUUACAAAUAACGUUUCCUUAAUUUCAAAGUUUAAAUAUUUCUCUCAUUUGUUCCGUUAGUUCAUUGAAAAAAGCUCAAGACUUUAAGACAAGAUAGGAUUUUGAUUAUUCAAACAUAACCAACAGACACGGAAAGAAAUCUGAAGCUCUUCUUUAAAUUUUGGUUUAGACUUUUAGAACGUUUGGAGGUGAUAUUACGACAAGUCUAUGUCAAAGUAGUUCUUAUGUUAAAGACAAUGAGUUAAUAUCUGUCGGGGGUGUUUUGCUGUCUCUCCUACCACCACCUCGUUCACCUUUAAUGAUGGACUAACUAAUAUUAGUUCGGUGCAACGUGACAAGAGGAGAAAAUAAAAAGAGUCGAUCUUGGAAUUUUACUCUCUUUUUGAGGAAGAACAAUGGGGAUCGUCUCGGAACAAGCCAUUGAUGAUUUCCAGGAGCUCAUAGAUAAAGUUGAGGAGCCAUUGAAGACAACAUUUAAGAAUGUCCAUCAGGGAUACCUGAGGGAGACUUUGAUUCGUUUUCUAAAAGCACGAGAUUGGAACGUAAUUAAAGCUCAUACAAUGCUGGUUGAGUGUUUGCGUUGGAGGGUGGAUAAUCAAAUUGACAGUAUCUUAUCCAAACCUAUUGUUCCUAGUGGGCUGUACAGGGACGUACGUGAUUCUCAGCUCAUAGGAAUGUCAGGUUACACCAGAGAGGGCUUGCCUGUGUUUGCUAUUGGUGUUGGCCUCAGCACAUUCGACAAAGCUUCUGUUCACUACUAUGUCCAAUCACACAUCCAAAUCAAUGAAUACAGAGACCGUGUACUACUGCCUUCUGUAUCUAAGAAGAAUGGGCGGCCAAUCACCACCUGCGUCAAGGUUCUAGACAUGACAGGGUUGAAACUUUCAGCCCUCAGCCAAAUUAAGUUAGUGACUAUCAUAUCGACCAUUGAUGAUCUGAACUAUCCAGAGAAGACAAACACAUACUAUGUUGUGAACGCGCCAUAUAUAUUUUCCGCCUGUUGGAAGGUUGUAAAACCUCUUUUACAAGAGAGGACGAGGAAAAAAGUUCAUGUGUUAUCCGGUUGCGGAAAGGAUGAGUUAUUGAAGAUUAUGGACUACACAUCCCUCCCACAUUUCUGUAGAAGAGGAAGCUCUGGGUCAUCUCACCAGACUCAGAGUGUAGAUUGUUUUUCUGUUGAUCAUCCUUUCCAUCAACAGCUAUACAACUAUGUGAAACACCAUUAUGAAACCCAGGGACAAGCAGAACCUGCAAAGCAAGGUUCUUUCCACGUGGGUUUUCCUGAGCCUGUAGCUGAACGUGUUGAGAUAGCCAAAACCAUAGAAUCAAAACUGCACAAGUUCGAGAACUGCAAUGGUCUGAGCAAGCCGGUUGAUGACAGAAAAGCCAGUCCAUGAGUUGGACGAUGAUGAACCCUGAAUGCUUCUGAGGGAUGGCUUUACAAUUAAGAUGCAUUUUACAGUUGAGCUAGCAAUGCAAAUGAGCAAGUACUGAGCACUGAGCUCUGUCAUCUCCAUAGCCAUGCAAAUUUAAAGUGAAGAAAAGAGAAUAAAAUCUUGUACUGAAUGAACUCCUGGAUUCAUGUAUAGCUUUAUUAUUUGAUCCUAUAUAUGGAUAGACAUUUGUAGAAAAUUUAUUAGUAGUUAUGGAAAAUGUUUCUCUCAA